AAAUGGAGGAGUAAAUAUUCAAGAUAGUAAUUAUUGGUAAUAGUGCUGUUGGGAAAUCAUCUUUAUUGAUUCGAUAUUGUGAUGAUACUUUUAGAGAUAUUUAUUUAAGCACAAUAGGAGUUGACUUUCGAUUUAAAACAAUAAAGUUAGAUGGAUAAGGAAUAAAGUUACAAAUAUGGGAUACUGCAGGUUAAGAGAGAUUUAGAAACAUUACAAAUUCAUAUUAUAAAGGUAUAUAUUUAUAAUAUUAAAUAUAGGUGCUUAAGGUAUAGUAAUUGUGUAUGAUGUGACAAAUGCAAAAUCUUUUGAAGAUGUAACUAAAUAUUGGAUGGCAGAAUUAUCUCAUUAUGCAGAUUAAAAUGUAAAGUUGAUGUUAUUGGGAAAUAAAAUAGAUAUGGCAACAGAAGAGACUAGAUAAGUAAGUUAAGAAAUGGCUGAACAAUUAGCUAAAGAAUUCAAUAUGUAACAUCAUGUUGUAAGUGCAAAGACAGCUGAAUAAGUAUUAAUACAAAAUAUUAAUUAACAGGUUGAGAAUGCAUUUAUAAAUUUGGCAAGAUCUAUAUAUAAUGAGAAAUCAUUAAGAGAGAUGAUUCAUCCAUAAUAAUAAUAAUUGACUAGUAAAAAAAAUAAAGAUGAAAAGUAAAAGGUAUGUUGUUGA